GAAAAUAAACAAUCCAAGUCUUUCCAUUAACCAAAUUUAGUGUUUCGGGUGUGUGUUGUAUUUCCGUGUCGAAAGUCGAUUUUCAAUGUUUUUCAACUUUAAAUUCAAAAACUUUUUGUUCAAAUUUUUGGUAUAAAUAAUUGAAAUCGAAAAUCGAAUGGUUUGUGUGAACAUGAAAGUGAUUUUGUUCAUUCUCGCUUCGUUAAACGGUCAAUUAGCUGCAGCCGAAGAGAACAAAAUCUUUUUAUAUAAUCGCAUCGAAUUCUGCAAGGCUAACGAAUACUUUGACGUGAAUUAUUUCAAAUGCGUACCGUGCGAUUCGAAUUUAAAUUUAAUUGUAGCCGAUGACUAUCUAACAUGCUCUUGCAACAAAAACACAACGGCUAUCAUCGAAUACGAUAGCUCAUCGAAACAACCUAUAUGCCAAGCUAACAAGACACAAUCCACAUGUUCCAUUAAGUACAUCCAACAGACACACUCAAACGUUCAAUCGAAAAUCGUACAAAUUGUUAAGAGAGACGAUCAAAAUUGUACCUGCAACACGAAACUAAACUUCUUCUUCCGCUAUGAGUAUUGCAUACCGAAAGCGCUGCUUAAGGAUUUCACAAAUUAUGCAAACCUGCAACCGACUAUCGUCUACAAGGAUCUGAACUUUAUCACGUUCUUCUGUCAAGUGAUGAAAGACGUUCGGUUCUGUAAUCAUUUGGCAAAUUUGUGCGUCCUGACUAAUUAUAAUUUGGACAAGAAUUCACCGUGCAGUCUAUUUUUCACGUCACAAACAUCGAUCAUUUCCAAUGGAAACGACUUUAAGAUGACUCCACUUUUGUUCUAUAAGAAAGGAAAGGAUUCCAUCGACGAAAUGGAUAAAGUUCUCGACCAUCACUACAGUGUGAAUGGCAAUGAUGUGAGAAAUGGAAUUGAAAUGCUAUUGACUGCAUUUCACGUAAAUGGCACAUUGAAAACGAUUCAGAGACUGGCCGUGAGCGAUUUGAAUUUUUGUGACGAGUCGACCAUGGAUUACACGCACAUUAAAUUCGCUAAGAGUUUCGUAAAGACUUGUUCCGUUAAUUUGAAACACCUGAUUGCCACACAUAAUGAACCAUUGCUGUACGAUUUGUACUUGAACUACACCGAAAAUAAUUUGCAUUUGUUGAAGUCAGUGCCAGUUUUGAUACGGAAUGCCUUCGCACACAAUGCGGAAAAUAAUCGAGAAAAAUGGCAACUGGUGAAGCGAUUCUUUCUACUGGAUACGUUUACCGACCGGAAUAGCACAUUCCGGAAACAGACUUACAACGACCGAAAUGAACUGCAGCGCUUUAAGAGCUUCCGUUAUGCCAAAGACGUUGAACUGAUAUUCACCAUCACCACCGAUCAUACCACUUAUCCGAAUCGGAUAUCUGUACCGUUGUUAAAAGUGAACUACGGUGAGGUGAACAUUACCAAUUUAAAUGGAAAAUCGUUUUCCGUUUACGUCGAUUUCCGAAUGCAAAUAAAAUUCGUGAAAAAUUACGAUCUCAAUUCGAUGUUUGAUAUUGUCCUAUCCAUCUUGCUUGUGACAGCAUUUAUAUAUUCACUGUUCCGAGCAUACUGUUACAAAACACGACAACAACGCCAAUACUAUGACGUCGAUAUUUUUGUAAAAUUUCUUGUGUAUCUAUGCUCUUACGUAGGAAAUGCACUGUUCGCGCAAGGAACUUUUAUCAGCAUCUAUGCACUGAUAGUGGUGCGGACGCAGUCCAUUGUUAAAAUGUUGCUUCCAGUUAAAGAACAAGACGUUGUUGAAGUUUUCAUUCAUGUGGCUGUUGCUUUGAAGACAAUAAGUAUUAUCCACCUGAUCUGGGAGCAAAGUCACAUUGACAUAUUUUUGAUCGAUUGGGAACGGCCUAAAGUGUUUGAUCAUCAUCCCCGAAAUCAUUUGGAUACACCGUCGAUAAGCUCAAGCAGUAAACAAUUAAGCUAUGACGGCGUGUCGGCAUGGAGAAAUUACUUCAUAGCAAAUGAGUGGUUGAAAUUGACGACGAAACGAAAAUUUUGCUUUCUUCUUCAUAUAGUCAUCGUUCUGUUCACGGUUGUUAUAUUAAACCUUGAGCAUCGAUUAUUCGAUGAAUGUUCAAUGGUGAACAUCGAGACAUUCGACUCGCACAAUAAAACGCUGCAGAUUGCGUGGGGAAUUAUUAUUUUCACGGUGGUCUAUUUGGCACAGCGACUGGUCAAUUUCCUUUUCCACGAAAGAUACGUUAACAAUUCGGUGCAACAGUUCGUCGAUGUCUGUUCGAUGGCUAACGUUUCUCUAUUUAUACUGAAACACGAAACGUUUGGUUAUUAUAUACAUGGCAGAUCACCGCAUGGUUUCUCUGACACUGACAUGUGUUCCAUGAUACUACAAUUGAAACGAGAGGAAGACAAUAUAUGCGGCCAUCGAGGAUUGUUGCCUAGUUCCGAACAACAAACUUACAGUUUCCAGGCACCGAAAAAUUUGAGAAUUUUAUACGACAAAAUGAUAAUCCCCCUGCACAAUUUACUGAAAAAUGGUCCUGAAAGUCACCACACACUUGAAGUGGGACAUAAACUGUACGAACAGAGUUUAGAGAAAAUUGCUUCGGUCUACUACAACAUCAACCGAUUUCUGGGUGCAUUCAUCGAUCAUGGAUUGAAGGAUCUUGAAUACAUCGUUCAAGAAAAAUCGGUCAUCGAAAAAGUGCUCGAAUUUGAGUUUUCCAACAAUGGACCAGAUACUAGAGGUGUGUUCUACCUCGACUCCGGCCAUUCGUUCGACAACGUUUUAUUUUACGGAAACGACACCGUGCUAUUUCUGUACGAAUUGAUGGUUUUCAUAUGGAUAUUCGUGUUGACCGACAGUUAUGUUGCUGGUAUCUUGGGUGUGGCCGGUGUUCAACAGGUCCUUCAAUACGUAACUCAUUUCGGGGUCAAAUGGAAUCUUUCAAGGAAAACGUUGAUCGAUCGGCGAUUUCUGCUCUAAAGCACACAGCCUUUUUCCUGCAUUUGUACAAUCAAACCAUUUUUAUACACAAAACGUCAUCCGAAAAUAUUUACUUUUUACCCACCCGAAUUGUUUGAAGGAAAAUUUAAUUGAA